AUGGGGUCUAUCUCGUUCAGUUCUCCGUCCAUGAACAAGGCCGAGGGGAUACCCUAUUUUACUCCCGCAAACAAUGCCGGAGCAGCCGCCAAUCCAGAAUCCCCCGAUACCCCGACACUCUUCCGUCCGUUGCAAAUUCGAAACGUGACGCUCAAGAAUCGUGUGAUUGUGGCACCUAUGUGCAUGUAUUCGGCGGAGUCAGAUCCCACCUCUCCUGCCGUAGGUGCUUUUACAGAUUAUCACAUUGCACACCUCGGUCACCUGGCCACCAAAGGCGUCGGUCUAGUCAUCACUGAAGCCGUGGCAGUUCAGCCAAACGGUCGAAUUUCGCCCAAUGAUGCUGGUCUUUGGCAAGAAGGAACUGAAUCGGAGCAAUUCAAAGGACUUCGCCGUGUGGUGAAUUUCGCACACAGCCAAGGUGCUAAGAUCGCCAUUCAACUAGCCCACGCAGGUCGGAAAGCGAGCACUGUAUCUCCUUGGCUUGCAUCUCAGCGGAACAAGCGCAGCGUCAAAGCCGACGAGAGUGUUGGUGGUUGGCCAUCCAACGUCGUUGGCCCUUCCGGUGGGGAGGAACACAUCUGGGCCUCUGACGAUCAAUUCUGGGCCCCACGGGAGCUUACAACUGACGAAGUCGAAGAAAUUGUUCGGGCCUUUGCGCGAAGCGCAGAGCUCUCCGUUAAAGCAGGAGUAGAUGUGAUUGAAAUUCAUGGUGCCCAUGGAUACCUAAUUCAUCAAUUCCUGAGUCCCGUUACCAAUCAACGCACCGACAAAUAUGGUGGCAACUUUGAGAAUCGAAUCCGUAUCGUUUCUGAAGUGGCUGCUGCGAUUCGUGAUGUGAUUCCCACUGGAAUGCCGUUGCUCCUUCGGAUCAGUGCCACGGAGUGGCUCGAAAAACAAAAUGUCGCAGCACAAACUGGAAGCUGGGACUUGGACUCUUCAAUUGAACUGGCCAAAAGGCUUCCUGAUUUGGGUAUCGACUUUUUGGAUGUGAGUUCAGGCGGAAAUCACAAGGAUCAACGUAUCGAACCCCAUACAAACUAUCAAAUCGACCUUGCUGGCCAAAUCCGAUCUAAGAUCCAUGCUGACGGUCAAAAAACGCUUGUUGGUGCUGUCGGAUUUAUCACUGAGGCAGAAUCCGCUCGUGAUAUUGUCCAAGGCGCAGAGGAGGCACAUGCGAACGAAGCUAUGUUGUCUGGCCAAGAGCCGAAGGCUGAUGCCGUGCUAAUGGCUCGGCAGUUCCUCCGUGAACCAGAAUGGGUGCUCAAUGCCGCUAAGAAACUGGGCGUCAAGAUAUCGGUGCCCUUUCAAUUUGCUAGAGGGUUGCUUUGA